AUGUCAUCGAGUACGGCAUCUGGACCUAACUCAACAUCUGCUGACCAGGAUGAGGAUGACGAGGGAUUUUUUAAUGAGGAUGUGUCUGCUCUUUUGGGAUCAAUUUAUUCGGGUGGUGGCGAUUCUCAAGAACGCAUCAGAGCAAAAAUAGACGCUGCAAAAGAGCGGCUGCGAUUGGCAUUUCCGCUGCUUACACCCCAGCAAAGAGAAAGAUAUGAAAAGUUUAGACAAUCAGCCAUCCCAAGGCCUGUCAUGAAAAGGUCCUUUUUGGGAACCUCCGUCAAUCCCAAUAUGAUCAUGAUUGCUGCUGGAAUGUCCAAAGUGUUUGUUGGAGAAUUGGUGGAGGCUGCCUCUGAAGUCUCUGCACAAUGGGGGGAAAGCGACAAUCCUCUAUUACCUAGCCAUGUCCUUGAAGCGUAUAGAAGAAUACUUUCUGAUCCUGGAAAUCUUGAUCCCAAGUCAUUUGUCAGAUCAAUAAGAAAAGGGCCAAACUUUUAG